AUUCGAUCCCAAAUCCCAAUUUCGGAUUUUUCCCGCAACCCUUCUCCUUUUUCUAGGAAUUAUCGACGAAUUCAUUGCGGAUCGCCUCAGUGAUUGUGGAAGCUGGAUUGGGACUCUCAAUAGUCUGCACAAUUCAAUUCUACUCCUUUUUUUCUCUCCGAAUUUUGGGGAUUUGGGCAGACGCAUGAGCGGGUCGGUCAAGCUGGGUGUUUCGUCGAAUUCCAACCAUUUCAUCACCUCAAUUCUCAUCUUCUCCAAAACCAGCUUUUUACUGUUCCUCCUGCUAUUAAGAUUACCCAAGCUUCUAUCGAGGUUAAGAUCGAUCAAUUUUAGUAGUACUAGUAGAAAUUGUGCCCUUUAUACCCACCGCGGCCUCAAUUCUUUGUUGAAUUAUGGAUUCCGGAGACAACAAGUUUAAUCGUCAAUUGCGAUCUAAUCUUUGCGAUUCAAGCUUGGAGAGGAAAUUGACAAACUCGCCAUCAGUUAUCGUCAUAGGUGCUGGUUUUGCCGGCAUUACAGCUGCACGGACUCUUCAUGAUGCCUCGUUUCAGGUUACCUUGUUGGAGUCACGGAAUAGAAUUGGUGGCCGUGUUCAUACCAAUUAUUCAUUUGGUUUUCCUAUUGACUUGGGUGCAUCAUGGCUACAUGGUGUUGGCAAUGAGAACCCAUUGGCUUCGCUCAUUGGGAGAUUGGGACUACCACUUUACCGGACCAGUGGGGACAACUCAGUUUUGUAUGACCAUGAUUUAGAAAGCUAUGCCCUUUAUGACAUGGAUGGUAAUCAAGUCCCUCAAGACUUAGUCGCAAAGGUUGGCGAAACAUUUGAGGCCAUCUUGAAAGAGACUGAUGUUAUUAGACAGGAGUUUAGAGAGGACAUGUCCAUCCAACGUGCCAUCUCAAUUGUUUUUGAGAGGAGGCCGGACCUAAGGUUGGAAGGAGUCGAUCAUAAUGUGUUACAGUGGUACCUCUGCAGAAUGGAAGGCUGGUUUGCUGCAGAUGCUGAUACUAUCUCACUUAGAGGCUGGGAUCAGGAAGAGUUGCUCCCUGGUGGGCAUGGGCUCAUGGUUCGGGGUUAUCUUCCUGUUUUAAAUACUCUUGCUAAAGGUCUUGACAUCCGCUUGAACCACAGAGUGACAAAAAUAGUCAGAGGUCAUAGUGGAGUUAAAAUCACAGUAGAUGAUGGAAGAGUGCUUGUAGCAGAUGCUGCUGUCAUUGCUGUUCCUCUCGGUGUUCUGAAAUCAAACAGCAUCCAGUUUGAGCCGAGAUUACCUGACUGGAAAGAAGAAGCAAUCAGGGACAUUGGAGUCGGGAUUGAGAACAAGAUAGUUUUGCAUUUCGACAAGGUCUUUUGGCCAAACGUAGAGUUUUUGGGGAUUGUUGCUGAAACUACUUACGUGUGCAGUUACUUUCUCAAUCUGCACAAGGCCACAGGGCAUCGGGUCCUCGUUUACAUGCCUUCUGGGCAAUUGGCCCGCGACAUCGAGAAAAUGCCUGACGAGGCUGCUGCAAAGUUUGCUUUUACACAACUUCAACGGAUGUUUCCAAAUGCUUCUGAACCGAUCCAGUACCUCGUUUCCCAUUGGGGGACAGAUGCAAAUUCAUUGGGCUCCUAUAGCUAUGAUACAGUAGGAAAAUCCCAUGAUCUGUACGAGAGGCUGAGGGUCCCUGUUGACAACCUGUUCUUUGCUGGUGAAGCGACAAGCAUAGAUUAUCCAGGAUCCGUCCAUGGUGCAUACUCUACUGGUUUGAUGGCCGCUGAAGACUGCAGGAUGCGCGUCUUGGAGCGCCACGGAGAGUUAGAUCUCUUCCAGCCUGCCAUGGGCGAGGACGUUCCAGUGUCAAUUCCUUUAUUGAUCUCGCGUUUAUAAAGUUCUACGCAUCUGCUUCUCUGUGAGAAACAGCGGUAGCCAGGAGGUCGCCUCGUUUGAAUGAUCAGAGCAUCAGUUGAUGGACUCUUGAACCAGGUAGAAAUCAAAAUCUUGAAAUAAGGGUUCUUGAUUAAGACUGAAUUCAUAUAUAUGAUUAUUUAUGUAGCUAACUGGAUACUUAUAAUACAAUAUUGCAUUUCUCUU